GCCUGUGUGCCCUGUGCGGCUUUACGCUGAGCACAAGGCAUGCAGAUGUAAAUUUAAUCCAGGCAACAGCCAGAGCUCUCAAGUGAAUAUGAGGCUGCCCUUUUGCUAAAAUGCAGUAGUAUUCAGUAGAAUAUUCAGCAGAUGGGGCAACUAUCAAGGCGGACUCAGAAGGGGAGAUGAAUACCUCCUGGAACUGUAUUUAUUCUCUCCAUCUCUUUGUGCGGAUCUAUGCGUUUCCUCUCUUAAAGCUUGGAAGCAAAAGGUGUUAUCUCUAGCACUAAGCUCAGCUUUAAAAGGAAAUUGGAAGACUCUAAAUCUGCCUGUCUGCCUCUGAUUAAAGCCAAAGGAGGACACACUGGAUGAAUCAAGGAAGAACUUGCAGAGGGAAAUUCACACGAGCGCUGCUUUUUUUUUGGACUGUGGUUUUUAAAAGAUUUUGAUUUCUCUUUUAUUUAUAGCCUUGUACUGGACCUGCGUUUUAUGUAUCCAAAGUCUGCAGUGAUUGCACAUUUGUUUCUCACACCAGCUGAGACAGAGAUUCUGUAUUGUUGUGCUUAGAUUUGGACUUCCUCUGAGAGGAUUUUGUUUUCACCUGAUCAGCAGUCCUUCACCAUUUGACCACAUUCUGAUCUGCCUUCCCACCUUUUUGCCCUUUUCUUCUGAACAUUGUCAGCUGGUUAGUCAUUUAAGCGGUAGUGAUUUCUAACGGAGGGACAGUGUGUGAGACUGGAUUUGGAGUAGAUGCCUUCUACAGACUGAAUUGCCUCAUGCUUAUUAGAAGAUCCUCAGACUUUGCACCUCUGGGAGUUCUGUUUUACCUGACUUAACCAGAGGAGAGUUUAGAGUAUCUGCAUUUGGAACAGCCAGCCAAAAGCCAGGAUGCAGGUGUCAUUAGUGUGCACUGACCACCGUGGCGGGGUGAGCCGCGCCACAGAGGACCGGCUAAACCGACAGAACGCCAACAGCCCCAACACAGGCACACGCAGCAAGUUCAGAGCAGUGGCGAUGGUGGCUCGCAGUCUUGGACAACUCUCUGUUCAGAGUGUGCCUUCCUCCAGCGAGCAAAGCAUGAGGACUGGCAUGAAGUAUAGAAACCUUGGGAAGUCGGGCCUGCGGGUGUCCUGCCUUGGAUUAGGAACAUGGGUGACGUUCGGUGGACAGAUAACUGAUGAGAUGGCAGAACAGCUGAUGACUCUGGCCUAUGAAAAUGGCAUCAAUCUGUUUGACACAGCGGAGGUCUACGCUGCUGGGAAGGCAGAGGUGGUGCUCGGAAACAUCAUAAAGAAGAAAGGAUGGAGACGUUCAAGCCUGGUGAUAACAACAAAGAUCUUCUGGGGUGGAAAAGCGGAGACUGAAAGAGGUUUAUCCCGAAAACACAUUAUAGAAGGUUUAAAAGCCUCUCUAGAAAGACUGCAGUUGGACUAUGUGGAUGUGGUUUUUGCAAACAGACCAGACCCUAAUACACCUAUGGAAGAAACGGUUCGAGCAAUGACCCAUGUGAUAAACCAAGGCAUGGCCAUGUACUGGGGAACUUCCCGCUGGAGCCCGAUGGAAAUAAUGGAAGCAUACUCUGUGGCACGACAAUUCAACCAGAUUCCUCCCAUCUGCGAGCAGGCUGAGUACCACAUGUUCCAGAGAGAGAAGGUGGAGGUGCAGCUUCCUGAGCUCUUCCAUAAGAUAGGUGUAGGGGCCAUGACGUGGUCACCACUGGCAUGUGGGAUCAUCUCAGGGAAAUAUGACGGCAGGGUUCCUCCUUACUCCCGGGCCUCUCUGAAGGGUUACCAGUGGUUGAAGGACAAGAUCUUGAGCGAGGAGGGCCGGCGUCAGCAGGCGAAGUUGAAAGAGCUGCAGGCAAUCGCGGAGCGGCUGGGCUGCACACUGCCCCAACUCGCCAUCGCGUGGUGCCUACGAAACGAGGGGGUGAGCUCUGUCCUUUUAGGGGCGUCCAACACCGACCAGCUGAUGGAGAACAUAGGAGCGAUACAGGUUCUUCCAAAGUUGUCAUCAUCCAUCACACACGAGGUGGAUAGCAUCCUGGGAAACAAGCCGUACAGUAAAAAGGACUACCGCUCCUAACGCGCAGCACGGCCCUGCCCGGCAGGGCUGCAGCCGCAGAGCCCCACCUUUGCCUGAUCCUCUGUUUGCUUGAGCUUUUACUGAGUGAGACCCUGGCGCAUGAGUCUGGCCACACCAAGGCCACCCAGGGCACCUCAUUUAGAGUUACAGGGAUAAGAUAAGGAAAGGGG